AGGAGGGAUGUGUCUGUGAAGCCGGUUGGCCAGAUAUUGCUGCAGUUUCUUAUUUGAAACAGAACAGGGUGUCCCCGUCCCGUCCCCCGCGCCGAAAACUCAGGGCGGUGUCUGCCACAAGUGGGAUCACAACGAUGUGAAAGGAAAACACGAGCAUGACACGCGCACACUGCACGCGAAAAAGCUCCUGUCCUAAGGGGCAUCUUGGGGAGAGGUGCACCCUGCCGGGAAAAGAGCAGCGGCACUGAGUGCGGUGCUGGCGCUGGCUAGCGGGUCUAAAACUCUCCAAAAGCGGAGAUCAGUUCUUCCGACAGCGGCUGCGGCUGGGAGAAGGGAUGAUGACCCCCCCCCAGCAAACCGCGGCGCUGCUGCGCCUGAGCCGCCUCAGGCUCACAGUGCAAGAAGGCAAGCGAGUGUGGGGGAGGGGAGAAGCGCCAGACUCGCGCCUUUUUUUCUUUCUUCAGUUCUCAAUCAGGUCGGACUCCAGGCAAUAUAUAACGCGCUCUUCGCCAAGCUCUCUACACACAGGCAGUAGCAAACAGUUUGUAACAAUGUCAGGUCGCGGCAAAGGCGGCAAGGGACUGGGGAAAGGCGGUGCCAAACGCCACAGGAAGGUGCUGCGAGACAACAUCCAGGGCAUCACCAAGCCGGCCAUCCGCCGCCUAGCUCGGCGUGGCGGCGUGAAGCGCAUCUCCGGCCUCAUCUACGAGGAGACUCGCGGGGUUCUCAAGGUCUUCUUGGAGAACGUGAUCCGCGACGCCGUCACCUACACGGAGCACGCCAAGCGCAAGACUGUCACCGCCAUGGAUGUAGUCUACGCGCUCAAGCGCCAGGGUCGCACCCUCUACGGCUUCGGCGGCUAAACGGAGACGAAAAAACCCGUCUAGCAGCUACUUUAGACACAAAGGCUCUUUUCAGAGCCACCCACAUUUUCACAAAAAGUGCUGUUAAUCCGA